AUGAGUGGUUUAGUUGAUUUAACAUUAGAAUAUGAGCCAACUUAUGGUUGUGAAGAAUAUGCAGGAUAUCUAACAACCAAUUCUCAUUUAUUUUGCCAUUACCACCGAAUAAUUCGUCAACCACUAGCCAAAAAAAAUAUGAUAAGAAAUGUAGGCCACGUGAGAGCUUCAUUUAGUGACCAAUGGAAGUGUAGGAAUACGCCAG